AUGGCUCUCAGUCUCUACCUUCUAACAUUCAACUGCGCGCGUACACUUGUCCAGCCUGAUAGCUUUGCACCUUACCUGUUCCAUGCGCUGGAGCCCAACUCGCCAUCACCAGAGUUGCUUGUAUUGUCCCUACAAGAGCUUGCCCCGAUUGGUCCCGCAUUUCUAGGAGGAUCCUUUCUCACACCAUACUUCAACGCGUUCCGUAAGGUUGUCAAGCUUGCGUCCAAAGAUCACACUUAUGUCAAUGUGGUAUCAAGCAAUCUCGGCCUGACAGCGAUCAUGGUCUUUGCCAGAGACGAUGUCGUCGACAACGUCAACUGGCUUCACACAGCCGAGGUGGGACUUGGCGUCAGUGAUAUGGGCAACAAGGGUGCGGCUGGAAUCAGGCUAGGGUACAAAACAAGUGACUCGGAAGAGCUUGAAUUGACAUUUGUUGCGGCUCACCUUGCCCCAAUGGAAGAUGGACUUGAUCAACGGAACGAGGAUUACCAAAACAUUGUUCGCAGACUUGUCUUUACACCGAAUCCUAGGCAGAAGCCCAUCGCACGUGGUGAAGAAAGGGAGGAUGCACCCCUGUUACAGCCCCCCGUACCCGCAGACGGACACGAAAACAGCAUCUAUUCACCAAGCUCAUACCUUUUCUUCGCUGGAGAUCUCAACUAUCGCACAUCAUCGCUUCAACCGUCGCCGCAAGAUGCCAAAGAAAAAUUCCCUCAACCUACAAAGGACGAGGAAGAUCCCAAACAUUUUACGCACCUCCUGGCAAACGACCAGCUCACUCAGCAAAUUAAGGCUGGCAAGACUCUGCAUGGCCUGAGCGAGGCACCCAUCGAGUUUCCGCCCACCUACAAGUACAAUACUGACGCGAGCAAAGCUGUUACCCUGGAUGGAGGAGAAGAAUGGGACUGGGCGCGUCACCGCUGGCCCAGCUGGUGCGACCGAAUAUUGUUUCUGCACAAUGACGGGGUCACGGUUGACCCACAGAAAUACACGUGUCUGCCGUUGUUUGCAACCUCGGAUCAUCGUCCCGUUGCAUUGUCAGCGACGGUGCCAUUGAGGCCAUUGACGAAUGCAAGUCAUAUCCAGGAACCUCCGUUCAACAUCGACAACGAGUGGAGAAGCCGCAGAUCAUUGGCCCGGAGGAAGGAAUUGAUUGUGGGUAUGGGUGCUUACCUGGCAUUGACCCGGGAGGGUAAUGGACUGGCAUUGGCAACGAUUCUGGGUGUCGUGGGUGGUUGGUUGAUUAUCAGAUCGUUGCUCAUCGUGUGA